AUGCCGAGUAAAACAUCGGCACCGGUCCACGGCCAGCGCCUCCAUUUCAGCCACGCUGAAACCCGGCGCAACAUGCGUGAGAAGCAGAAAAGAAAGGGUAAGAAGACCCGCCCGGAGUCCAAGGAACCCAUUUAUCUACACAAGUCCAGGAACACGACGCAAAUUGCGGACCCGGCGGCCCCUGGCGAUAUCCACGCCCAUGAGUAUGACGACCACAGACUCCUAGACAAGCUGUUGCCCCAUGGUCAGGAGCACCGUGGUUGCAAAGACAGGGACGUGGAUCUUCGCAUCAAGCGUGACAACAAGGCCAUCUCCAGUGGAGUCUGCCAGCACCUUGAAAGUGAGGACAUUGCUUAUGAUGAAGCCGAGGACUUCGAGUAG